AUGGAAAGCGACACUCCUCUUAACCAUCCGGUGGUACACUUCCUCCUCUGUCUAUCCUAUCUUUUCGUCUUUCUCGCCACUAUCAUCGGUAAGUGCCCAACUGAUCAGCAGACUGUGUUUUUUCUCUGUUCAAUGUGACUAAAUCUCAAUUUGAGUUUCUCAUUAGGACACCUUUUGAAUCGGAAGCAAACAGAAAGUCGAAUAAGCAAACAUUGGAAACCGAUUCGUUUUUGAUUCACUAAGUCUCACAUUUUCUGGCGCCAGAAGACGCGAAUUUCUCUAGGAGCCAUUAAUGGUUCUAUUACGUGGCAAAAUCACUGAAUCACCUACCAUAAUCGAAAAAUGACAUUAUCGGCACAAACUACUGGAAAUGACGGGGAGACGGGGGGAGACCGAAAGGGCAAACUUUUCGAUAAUUGCUUGUUUCAGGCAACCUAAUUAUUCUUCUUGUCUUUUUCUCUCAGAAAAAGGUCCGCAGUGUUCCCAACUUCUUCCUGGCCAAUCUUACGGUACCUCCUAAUGAGCUCAUCCUCAACCCUAGACAUUUGUAUCCUCUAGGUAGCGGAUCUGUUCGUCGGAAUAUUCUGCGUUCUACAGAACGCAGUAAAUUUUGUAUUACACGGACAUGGUCGAUGGCCAUUCGGAAAAGUUCUCUGUCACUCGUACAUCUACGUGCUCCACUUCAUCCCAAAUGUGUCGGCUGGAAUAUUGGUACGCAUUGAAACUGAAAUCCGACUAGAUAUGUUUUCGUUCCGCAGGUGUUGGUUUCUGUGGAGAGAUUGAUUGCGGUACUGCGCCCGUUGCGUGUGCGAAGAGCUUUUUCGCAAAAAGUGCUCAUAACCUCGUCGGCUGUAGUUUGGAUCAGUAAGCAAUUUCUCGUAAAGCAACUGUCAAUAAAAUUUUGCUUGCUUCCAGCUAGCGCCGUAAUGAAUACCCCGUACGUGGUUGCGAGUCAGUUCUUGGAAAUUUCGGAUGGAAAUGAGACUUACACGGUGAGCAAAGCUUCCGUUUUUGGGAAUCCUAAAGAAGCAACAAAAUCUUGUUUUGAUCUAUCUGUUUUUAGAUUUGCACAAGACGUCAUGUGGAAGUCUAUGGUUUUAAUCUUUUAAAAAUGGUGGCCACCAUCAACUUCAUUGUCUGGUAAGGGAAAUCAGACAAAAUAAAAGGAUUAGGGAAAUCUUUGAAGGUAUGCAAUUCCGCUGGUGAUCCUGCUUUGCAUUUACGCAACUAUCGGACUGGUUGUGAGCAAAGCGGCCACAAUUACAAAACAUUCCGCCAAUAAACUGCUGCCAAGGUCCAGUUGGAGGUCAGAAGCUUCGACCGGCGGAGUUUCAGUGGAAAAGCGACGCAAGGUUUGUUUAUUGCCGAGGGAAACUGAAUGAUUGCAAAAAGAUGAGGGCCAGAGAGUGUUUCAGAACACAUGUUCACAGUUUGUUUGAAUUCAGUAAACGACUAUUUUUAUUUGGCUUCCGCUUAGUCCCAACCACAUGUCACAGAUCAAACUAAAACCAAAACUCUCCAGGGAUCGGUCUAUUGAGCACGACCCUUCUUUUUUCUUCAGGUUGGUCGUUUGGCAGUCGGAAUUGUGGUCGCAUUUGCGUUCUUCUCUCUCCCGAGAUAUGUAUAUUUCAUGUGGACCGUUUGGAGAGAUCCAAUGGGUAAAAACAAAUCUAUGAAUCUUCUUGAAAUGUGUCUUGGUUGGUUCAGAGCCGAGAUGUUUGAAUUGCUUGCAAAGUGUACUCCAACCCAUCAGCUUCCUGCUUCUCUUCUUCAAUGCCGCCGUGGAUCCGUUCCUCUACGCAUUCCUCUCCACAAGGUUCCGACAAAGCAUCAAAGAGACAUUUCACCUUGGAAAGGUACCAUCGUCCUCCAAACUGAAUGAUACAAUUGUAUUCAGUUUACAGGUGCGUGAGAGCAACAUCGAACUGUCCUCGAGGCUGCGACGGAAAGUGGUCAACUCGGAGCUCGAGACGGGCUACGAAUACCACACUCAUUCCUAA